UGAUUCAGCCAUUAGGAAAAGAGGAGGGCGUGUUCGAGGGUCCCUGUAGCUGCAUGACGCGAGAGACGGUGGACUCUCCGCUUCUAGUUAUCGAGUCGGUUGUGUGAGGAACGCUGGCUGUUUUGUCGGAUACGUUACUAAACAUGGCUGAUCUCCAGGCUAAGUUUGAUACAGCAGCAGCCGAGGUGAAGCAGCUGAAGGCAAAGCCGACAGAUGAAGAAAUGCUGCAGGUCUACUCCCUGUUCAAGCAGGCUUCUGUAGGCAAUGUCAACACAGAUCGUCCAGGGAUGUUUGAUUUUACUGGGAAAGCUAAAUGGGAUGCCUGGAAUAAGCAGAAAGGCAAGAGCAAAGAGGAUGCCACGAACGAGUACAUCAAUCUGGUGGAGCAGUUGAAGCAGAAGUAUGGAUUCUAACACUACAUGACAAACACAAACUGCUGGAUGGCCUGAGAACAUCAGCCAAGAUAGCUCCCAUCGCUGUGAAAAGCCUUCAAACGCAACGAGUGUGGUUUAACAACACGUGAAUGCCUGGUGGAUCACUGCUGAUCUGUUGACUUGAAUAACCACUGAUGUAUGAUCAGAAACAUUCCUUUACCAGAGUACCAUCGUAUUUUCUGUUUACUGAGUCCUGUCAUUUCACGAUGAAAUGAUUCUUCUCUAAGUGCUCUACUCUGAUUUUGUGAUGUGUUCUUAUUUCACACGUAAUACAUACAUUAUGUACACGUAAUAAAUACAAUAUGUGUGAAACUGA